CAAGAAAGUUGUGUUCAAUUAGUUAGCUCGACGAUGGCGACCUUAGAUGCGGGGCCAAAGUCUGACUUAGCAAUCCAGGUUCUGGAAACAUCUUUGAGAAAUGAAAAAUAUACACGCGACAAAUUGGAAAAACUGGUGGAUGCACAGCAACUGCAGGUUGAAGAGCAUCGCAGCUUGAGACUCAAGCUGGAGGCGCUUCUUCGUAUUGAACGUGAAAGAGUUGGACAGCUGGAACGUCAAGUUUGGGAAUUGCAAGCUCAACUGGUGCCAAAAGACAGCGAAGAGAUGCCCCAAGACCCUGUCCGCCUGCAGAUCCUUUUGCGAAACCGAGACAAACAGUUGGAUGAUCUAUCCCAUCGUUUCCAGGAUCUGCAAAAAGAAACUGAUACUGCGCACUUCCAAGUUGCUCUCACACGUCAAGAGGUUGCAACUCUGAGAGCAGAAGCAGUGCAGCGCGGUGAUGAGCUACAGAGGUCGAUGCAGUGUGAAGCCCAACUGCGUGCCCAAAUCUUCCAGCUCCGGGAUGAACUGGAGCGCCUGCAGGCAGCGCUCGUUGAGGAACAAGUUCGCAGUUCCAAAGUGGUGCAAGCUACUGCAGCCUUGCAGGCUGAGCAGGAGCGUUUUGCUGCCAUGGAAACCAAGAUGGUUGAAGAGAAGGAGCAGGCCAAGCAGGAGUUUGAAUGCUUGGCCGCCCAGUCAGAAGAAAGCAAUCAGACAAAGGACCAAACCAUUCGGCAUCAAACAUCUGCGAUGGAAGCUCUGAAUCACGAGUUGAAGGAGAAGCAGGUGGAGAUAGAUAAGCUUACAGCCGUACUGUCUGCAGGUGAGGAGGGAGCAAAGGGCGUUCAGCGCAUUUUCUUGCCACCUCUUGGACCAAAGCCUAUGGAGGAUGUUGAGGUCAAGCGCUCAAUCGACAACCUUCGCAAGCAGCUGAAAGCGAAGGAAUCGAAGCUGUCCAAACAGACAGAAAGGCUGCAGGGCCUUGGAGAGCUGCUUGAAGAGCGCGACGUACAGCUGCAGGAGCUGACUAGUGCGCGUCGUGACCGAGAAAAGCUGCGCUUGAAGCUGGCUGACUUGGAGGAUGCUGUCAAGACACAAAAGAAGGUCCUCUCGAGGGCUGAUGCCGAGCGCCGGCUGAUCAGCCAGGAGGCACGACUCAAAGAGUCCGAACGCCGCAUGAAGGAGCUUGCAGACAACCUGCGCAGAGAACGUGAAGAGCGGCAGACCGUGACAACUGAGCUACGUACGCUGGAACAGCGGCUUGUGGGGAGCGCUGUCUCGGCUGGGGCCAUGGAUGAUGCCAAUGAGGCUAUGGCAAAGGAGCUGGCGGAGCAUCGUGUCAAGUUAGAUAUGAAGUGUGAAGAAGUGGGAAAACUGGAGGAGAUGCUGGCAGCUUCACAGGCCGAGGUGAAGAAACUCAGUGAACGUGUAAGACCAGAAGUGGAUGAUGUGGCAUCCCUCCCGCAAGUUCAACGCAAACUACGGAAGUUAGAAGAGCUUGACGAGCAGCUUGCUAGGGAUGUCAUUGUUCAUCUUCAAGAUCGAGAGCAUCUUGAUUUCCUAGUGACCUAGUGUGUUUGUUUCAGUUCGAAUGCAAACCAAAAGCUGAAACUCUGAGCCUCGGCUGUUGCCGUUGAACUCUCAGCCGAGGAAGAAAAUUGACACACUCAGCUCCACGGUGGCGUUGCUUCGUCAAACCGUCGAUGAUAUGCAGCCGAAGGAGCAAAGACUGGAACCUGGGGCCAAUCCGGAACUCUUUUAAUUCCUCUGAAGCUUUGUAGCAAGUUGCCAGUUUUGUUCAGUUCCAAUCAUCAUCUCGCUGGCGCAAGCAUUUACAUCCUAUGGCCUUGAUAAAAGGUUUUUGAGGAUGGGCUGGGGCUUUACAAGCUCUGCAAAUCAACACGUUUCACUGGUUUUCAACGCAGCUUCCAAGUUCCAAGCAGUCAGAGACGAAGUCUUGCAAGCAAGGAGAGGAACGAAAUCUUGCUUGACCCAUCGCUAGGGGACGGAACAGAGAAAAACACCAUCGCUAGUGCACCCUGGGAAGAACCCGGAGGAGCAUUGGUUAAAGGAUCGAGGAGCA